AUGUUCAAACAGGUAAAUCACAUCCAGCGAGGAUUGUGCCAAACUACUUUUUCCAGAUCUAUCUACUUACAUUCCGGCAAAAGAGUUAGAGGACUUAAGAGAAACCCAGAAGAAAUCUUCAAAACUGAAAGUGGGUCUGUAUACGGGACCACUGAGGAGAAUUUGCAGCCUCUCAAGACAUUUCUCGGCUCAUCAUACCCCAUAUCUGACAACCUCUUACUCCAAGUGUUAACUCACAAGUCGUUUGGAAAUGGAAUCAAGCCAUACAACGAAAAAUUGGCCGCCCUCGGAAGCAAAUUGUAUAAUUUAUACUGUCUCAAACACAUUACAAACAAACCCACCACAAACACUGAAACUGCCAUUAACGGUAAGAAUUUAGAUUCCAUUGGGAUGCCAUUGCCUAGAGCUUUGGGUGAAAGAGAACCUUUGGCCAUUUUUGCACAAGUAAAUAAAUUAAACACCGUGAUGUUUUGGAAAUCGUAUAAUCAUAACUUGAGCUUUGCUCAAAGUGGUGAAUUGAAGGUGAGUGGGCAGAUGAUGUUUGCUUUGAUUGGUGCUAUCGGGUUCAGUCAUGGUAAGACAGCAGCCGAAAAUUUCAUUGAAGAGAAGCUCAUUGAAGGUACUCCUCUGAUUGAGAACAUAGCCAAUGAAUUUGUUGAGCAGAACAUAAGACGUGGUGAUAUAUAG